AUGUUCUAUUUAUUCCUGCCCAUUUUGGUUGCAUGUUUUCCAAUACCUGGAAAGGCUGAGGUGGUAGAGGAUUUUUCAAACUGCCUUGAGUUCUUCUUGGAUCGGAAGCCACCGGGAGAGACCCUGACCCCCGUCAACGAGGCCAGGAUCUGCCAGUUCUACAAGAAGGCCUACCGCUUUGCCACCAUGUACGACAAAGACCAACGCAUCCCUAUAUACUCGGCUUACAAAUGCAAACCUGGCCGUGGCAGUGAAGCUGAAAAGUGGAUGAUAGAGCCACAACUAGUUGGGCUCAAUUUUGGAAGAAGCAUGGAAGACGAAGACACAAUCCAAAUUCCCUUGUGGCAGCUUAAACAAAGCCAAGCUAUUUCAAGUGACUACAAGUACCUUCUCGACCAUAAGAGGGGAUACUUGAGCCCUGUUGAUCAUCAACCCAACGAAGAUAGCAAAGUUGCGGCAUCCACCUUGACCAACGCCGUCCCACUGUUCAAAGGACUCGAAUAUUCAUGGGGAAACUACCAAAAGAGUCUCAAGGAAAGUGCUCAAAAAGCUCAUUUCUGCCACGAUCUGUAUGUCAUCGCCGGAGCGGUGCCCAGCAGGGAGGAAUAUGUUUUUGGCGAGAGGGUCAACCAGCCGAGCCACAUCUGGUCUGCCACUUGCUGUGUUCAUGAGAAGAGAGGCCGGACAUCCUGGGCUGCCAUUGCAACGAACAAGGAGGAGAAAGUCAAGGAAUGCAGCCUGGAUGAACUGCAAGUAUUGCUCACCGGACUCUACGGGAAGGGGGAAAUUGAUCUUUUUAACAAUGCCUGCAACACAAACCGGGCUGCGCAUCGGCGCCGCUGUCUUUGGACCGAAAGACUGGGAUCCUUCUCCAAAAGAUGCGGAACAAGAUCCAUUAGUAUACAGACUGUUCCAAUGGAUCCCCAAACAUCUUAUGCAUCUCUAGUGAAAGGCAUUCAGUCUCUGGAUGUAACAGGGGAUUUUAAUCCCUGUCAGCUCCUACUCACCGGAGACCGGUCCUUUCCGGUGCUUCUUGAUUCAAAUGAUGAAGUCCUCAUUGCCGCGUCUCAGUACGGAGAAGGCCGUAUGGUGGUCUUUGCCCAUGAAGCAAUGGUGGCCCUUCCCCAAUUUUUGCCAUUGAUUAAAAAUGUUCUUGAGUGGCUGAAGCCAUCCUCCACCGCACAAGUGGGGGUCCACCAAAGCAUGGAUGCCCUCUCCCAGAUGCUCCUUAGCAAUGGGAUCAAUGUGCAUCCCGGAGUGCCCUUUGGAGACUCCCUAGGGGUUUACUGUUUGGAUGCCUACAAUAAUGACCAGACAGAGGACCUGGUGCAGUUUGUCAAAAGAGGUGGGGGGCUGCUGAUUGGAGGACAAGCCUGGAGUUGGUCAUAUCAACACGGUGAAGAGAACGUUCUGGUGGAAUUUCCUGGCAACCAGGUGACCAGUGUGGCUGGUGUGUAUUUCACUGCCAAUACGGGACAGAAUGGGAUCUUUCCCAUACCCACGGAAAUGCCAAGGGUCCCCCUAAUCACUAAGUCUGGAUUAGACAUCCAAAGAGACUUAAAUUCUCUUCUAAAUGGAGUGGUUCAGUUUGACAUGGGCGAUAAGGUCCCUUCUCCCCUGCUCAUCCAUGGGAAUUUGGCAUUUCCAGUUGCCGUAUCCGAUUCUGAUGAGACAUUCAUUGGAGCCGCAUACUAUGGCAGGGGACGCGUUGUGGUUGCCUCCCAUGAAAGGCUAUUGGACACCGAUUCAAUGCAGACAUUUCUGCUCAAUGCCAUCCAGUGGCUUAUGGCUGGAAAAGGAGGAAAUGUUGGAGUUGGAAGCGAUAUCCAAGGGCUUCAUUCUAUGUUACUCCAGGCCAUGAUCCCUUGUGAACUCACCAGUCUUAAGGAAGGCCUCAGUGUAUACUGUUGCUCAGCAUACAGCGAUGAAGAGAUGGAUAAAAUCCAUGAGUUUGUCUCUGAAGGAGGUGGUCUCCUCAUCGGUGGUCAGGCUUGGUAUUGGGCUUCCACCCAUCCCAAUAGCAGUGUCUUUGCCCAGUUUCCAGGAAACAAGAUCCUUAACAAAUUUGGAAUAGGAAUCUUUGGGAAAUCAAUCUAUUACUCUAACGAAAUCUUCCCAGCAAGGCAGGUUGGAGAUGAAUCUUUGAAUUACAACUUUCGUAAAAUGCUCUCCUAUUUCAAGGAACAGGUUGAGAACGAUCAGCCUCUUCAGCCGCCAUAUUCCUUGUGGUGUAAGAAACUGGCAAAUGAUUCAGCCGCGUUCCUACAGAUCCCAGCUGCCAAGUCCUCUGUUUUCUCCUCUGUUCACAAGCAUAUGAUGGAAAUGGUCCAGCGCUGUGGGAUUCCCAACAUCGAUGCAAACAUCCCGAUCAAUUCCAACUCAGACAAAGCCGUUUUACUCUACCUGUCUUGGGAUCUCUAUAAUGCGGUGCCGGAAUUCCAGAGUUUAGUCCCCAGCCUGAAUCAACAUUUCACAAAAUACUUCCCUGUCGAAACCCAAAACAUCUGGAUCAAUGCAACAAAUAAUGGAAAGGAAGCAUGGAGAAGUUCUGGCAUGUAUGUUCCUCCAGCCAAGACUGCCACCUUGGUCUUUUCGUCAACUGUCCUUGAUGCUAAUUUGCAGGUGCAGAUUGGUUGCCAUUCUGAUGAUCUGAGUAAUGCUGAUCAACUGCAACGUCCUCCAGUGAUGGUCAGACGAUUUCAGGUUAAGAGUCGAAGAGUGGAGGUCUCCAGCCUGUGGGGAGGCCUCUUGUACAUCAUCGUGCCGGAGAACUCUUCCAUGGGUUCCAUAUCUGUCACCAUAGAAGGGGCCACCAUGGCUCCUUACUUCACGCAUGGUGAAACCAGCAUCUAUGCCUGGCAGGAUACCAUACGCCACUAUGCGUCACCCUGGGCUGAGCUAGAAACUGAGAACAUCAUCUUGACGGUGCCCUCAGAUGAUGCGCGCAAAAUAGAUGAUCCUGAGAGCUUGCUCACCACCUGGGCCCAGAUGAUGAAUGCCAUAACCGAGUUGGCAGCCAUUCCUCCUGUUUUUCCCAGACCAGAAAGAAUUGUGACCGAUGUUCAAAUAUCAGCUGGUUGGAUGCAUGCUGGUUAUCCGAUUAUGUCUAAUGUAGGGGCAAUGCAGAGUAUUGUGGAUGUGGACACUAUCCAAAUUGAAGGGUGCUGGGGUCCAAUCCAUGAGUUGGGUCACAACCAGCAGCAAAGCGGGUGGGAAUUCCCUCCCCAUACCACUGAAGCCACUUGCAACCUCUGGUCUGUUUACAUCAAUGAGACGGUCCUGAACAUCCCAAGGGACCGAGCUCAUCCAGAACUCCAACCGAACCUGAGAAAGCAGAGAAUUGAAGACUAUCUCCAGAAGGGAGCUCAGCUGAAGGACUUUGAAGUAUUCACUGCUCUGGAACCCUAUUUACAGCUCCAGGAAGCAUUUGGAUGGGACUCCUACAAACACAUCUUUGCCGAGUACCAAAGAAUGACCAAUCUCCCCAGCGACAACAAAUCCAAGAUGAAUCUGUGGGCAGAAACGUUUUCUCAAACAGUGCACAAAAACCUGGCUCCUUUCUUUAAAGUCUGGGGGUGGCCAAUUGAAGAUGAAGUCUCUUGGAAGCUGGCCAACGCUUUCCCUCCCUGGGAAGAGGAUCCAAUGAAGUAGAGUUGUCCGGAGAGAUACAAGAGAGGGUUCCUCUAUUUUUACUGGAUUUACAUACCUACCAACCAACUCUCCCAAUAGUCCUGAUUAAUUCUCUGUCUUCC